AUGUCCCUCGCUAGCCAGGCAAAGGACGUUACAUUUGACUCGAUUCCGAUCGUAGACCUGGGGAACCUCGAUAAAGUUGCCCUCGCCCGCGAGGUACGCACAGCGUGCAUCGAGGUCGGCUUCUUCUACGUCAAGAACCAUGGAAUACCCGGCCAAAUCGUAUCUAACGUCACCAGCUCAAUAGCGCGUUACUUUGCCCUCCCUUCGGAAACCAAGAUGAAGCUUCAUCACAAGACUACACCCAACUUCAAAGGCUACUCUCCUCUCCUCGACGCAAACAUCGACCCGACCAACAACGGAGACAACCACGAAGGCUACGAGCUUGGCUGGGAAGCGCUCACCCCACCCAACGGCAACAGCCUAGAUGAAAAGCGACUGAACGAUGGCGAAAUGUCCGGCGCGAACGUCUGGCCCUCCGAGGCGGAUUGGGGUACCCCUGAGGAAGCGAAAAGGUUCAGGGAGGAUAUGCUGGCGUACUAUCACGAAGCCGUACGCGUUGGUCGGCAUCUAUUCCCAUUGUUCGCACUCGCGCUUGAGCUCGAAGAGAGGUACUUCGACGAUAAGACACGUAACUCGGCUGCGAUCAUGCGUGCACUCCACUACCCACCGCAGACGGGGCCCGUGGACGAUCGCACGGUUGGAAUCGGUGCUCAUACUGACUUCGAGUUCUUCACAAUCCUUUGGCAACAGCCCGGUAUCCAGGCUCUCCAGGUGCUUAACGCGUCUAAGCAGUGGGUAGACGCACCAUCAAUCGACGGAACGCUCGUGAUCAACCUCGGCGACCAGUUCGCCCGUUGGACGAAUGACGUAUUUAAGUCGACCGUCCACCGCGCCAUAAACCGCACCGGCGCAGAACGGUACUCCAUCCCGCUCUUCUUCGGGACGGACUACGAUGUCAACAUCGAGCCCAUUGAAAGCUGCGUCUCGUCCGACCGGCCGCCAAAGUACCCGCCCGUCACGGCCGGUGACUACGUUAAGCAGCGGUUGAGAGACAUGUACCAUAGUGAACAGUAGACCAAUGUGGACUUUGGAGUUAGGGUGGUUAGCUGUGCACAUUAUGGGUAUGGGGAUUAAUUGCGCCUACCUUGAGCUCCACUGUAUAGUAGAAUGGAAAUGAAUGGAUUGCAUAUCAG